AUGGAUGUGCACCUGGACCCGGAGCUGAUGCAGAAGUUCAGCUGCCUGACAAGGACGUGCCCAUCUCCAAAGUUCCAGAGGCUGCUAGGCUUCCAGCUCAACCGGGCUGGCUGCACCUUCCAGGACAUGACCAACUGGAACCUGCAGGCAGCAAUUGGAGCCUACUAUGAGUUUGAGAGCCCAAAUAUCACUGUGCCCUCCAUGUGCUUUGUUGAAGAUGCCACCAUAGGAGACGGAGAGUCUAUCCCUCCAGAUACUCAGUUUGUAAAAAACUUGGCGGAUCCAGAAUUCUGGACCAGAGGCCAGUUUGGACAUGAGAACAUGGUGAUGCUGAGAUCGCUAGAGCCGCAAGAGAUUGCAGAUGUUAGGGUCCCGAUGUGCAGCCCCAGCGGAGCAGGAAUGUAUCAGGGACAGUGGCGGAUGUGCACUGCUACAGGACUCUACUAUGGAGAUGUCAUCUGGGUGAUUCUCAGUGUGGAGGUGGGUGUACUUUUAGGAGUAGCACAGCAGCUGUCAUUUUGAAAUGGAGUUCAGCACACAGCCGCAUCACAAGGGUAGAAGGAAACUUCUACCCAUUUCCCCUCCCCAAAAGAGCCGAGGAGCAGAUGAAAACAACUAAAAAGACCCUGGGGGUUCCAAGUUCCACUUAAUUAGCAAAAACACAUGGGCUCCUGCUCCCAACCAAACCAAGCAAGAUCAGAAUAGACUCUCACAGAGCUCUGUAAAUUUCUCUCCCAGCAGUCACGCAAACAACUUAGCAGUAGUGACUUACAGUAAGGGGCUCCACGGGCCUUACCCUUUUGGCCAGUCUUAAACGGGUGUAUCAACAAGAAAAAGGCCUGACUUUGGGGGUAGGGCAAGGGUUUCCCUGGAUUGCAGACCACAUCGCAUGGACUCCUGGCUCUGCCCCCCACACUCCCAUCCUGGAAGAAGAGGAGGAAGCAGAACAGACUAGUUUUGAGUGAACUCAGUGUGCAUGUGUGAGUGCUGAAUCACAGCAGUGGUGUCGAGACUUCCAAGAAGAAGCCAUGCAGCUGCCUUGGGCUUGGUUGAUUAGGUGUCCGUCUAACAAAUCAUUAGGUCGCCUGGGAAGGAAAACAAUUUUUUUUUUAAAGGUGGGGUGAGAGGGGUAGCCAUCUUUCUAAACAAAAGUGAUUUUGCCUACAGAGA